GGUAGACAAAGUAUGUAAAUGUUUCUAGAAGUACAUACCUAAGUACCUACAUUAAACAUCUUGUGUAGUGGUGAGUGGUGAUAUCGUUGAACCUUAUCAGAAAUAGGAGCCACAAGCUACAGUCACAAUAUUAUUGCUUUAAAAUAUUCUGCGUACGUGACUACGUGACCAUUUAUCAUAUUGAAAAAUCAUGGCAGGAAACCCAUAUAAUAAGUAUCUGAAAACUUUAAGUCUUGAUGGGAAAGAUUUAAAAUAUUACGAUUUAUCCUCACUAGGUCCUCAAUAUGAUCGUUUGCCAUACUCCAUUAGGAUUUUACUUGAAUCUGCAGUCAGAAACUGCGAUAACUUUCAUAUUAAGGAGCAAGAUGUACAGAAUAUUCUAAAUUGGGAAAAUAAUCAAAAUGUUGAGGAAGGCAUUGAAGUACCUUUCAAACCUGCUCGUGUUAUUUUGCAAGACUUCACUGGUGUUCCCGCGGUUGUUGACUUUGCAGUGAUGAGAGAUGCUGUUAAAAAACUUGGUGGAAAUCCAGAGAAAAUAAAUCCCAUCUGUCCUGCUGAUCUCGUUAUCGAUCAUUCUGUUCAAGUUGACUUUGUGAGAUCUGCUGAUGCAUUGCAAAAAAACCAAGAUUUGGAAUUCGAACGUAACAAAGAGAGGUUUAUGUUUCUCAAGUGGGGUGCCAAAGCAUUCAACAACAUGUUAAUUGUACCACCAGGAAGUGGUAUUGUACAUCAAGUUAAUUUGGAAUAUCUAGCUCGUGUUGUUUUUGUUGGACAAGACUCUAUUUUGUAUCCCGACACGCUGGUUGGAACAGACUCACAUACUACCAUGAUCAAUGGAUUAGGCGUUUUAGGGUGGGGUGUUGGCGGUAUCGAAGCAGAAGCUGUCAUGUUGGGACAUUCGAUCAGCAUGCUUUUGCCGCAAGUGGUUGGAUACAAGCUGUAUGGGGAGUUGAAUCAAUAUGUGACAUCUACGGACCUAGUUUUAACCAUUACUAAAAACUUGCGUCAGCUAGGAGUAGUUGGGAAGUUUGUUGAAUUUUACGGACCUGGAGUUGCAGCUCUGUCAAUCGCAGAUCGUGCCACCAUUGCGAAUAUGUGUCCCGAAUAUGGAGCCACUGUUGGGUUUUUCCCAGUGGACGAAAAUUCUUUAAAAUACUUAAAACAGACAAACCGUUCCGAGAAUCAAAUACGGUUGAUUGAAGCUUACCUUAAUGCCACUAAGCAGUUACGUAAUUAUUCUUCAGGGGAUAAUGAACCCGUUUUCUCACAAAGUGUGGGACUUGACUUGUCCACGGUGGUGUCUUCUGUUAGUGGACCCAAAAGACCUAAUGACAGGGUGUCUGUUUCUGACAUGAAACAGGAUUUCUUCAACUGUCUAACAAAUAAGAUUGGUUUCAAGGGAUUUGGCAUAUCUCAAGAAAAACUCGUAUCCAAAGCAAAAUUUAUGUUUGAUGGGACCCAAUAUGAAAUAACCCAUGGGAGUGUAAUAAUUGCGGCAAUAACUUCAUGUACAAAUACAAGCAAUCCAAGUGUUAUGCUGGGAGCUGGUCUCCUUGCUAAAAAUGCUGUAGAUGCAGGUCUAACGGUGGCUCCUUAUAUAAAAACGAGCCUCUCUCCUGGUUCAGGAGUGGUCACAUAUUACCUAAAAGAAUCUGGUGUUAUUCCUGCUUUAGAACAACUCGGAUUCAACAUAGUUGGAUAUGGUUGUAUGACUUGUAUAGGAAAUAGUGGUGGAAUAGAUGAGAACAUUGUCAAUGCAAUCGAAGAGAAUGAUUUAGUUUGUUGUGGUGUCUUGUCUGGAAAUCGUAAUUUCGAGGGACGUAUACAUCCUAAUACUAGAGCCAAUUAUUUGGCUAGUCCUCUGUUGGUUAUUGCCUAUGCAAUUGCCGGUAGAGUUGAUUUUGAUUUUGAAAGUGAACCUUUAGGGCAAAAAGCAGACGGUAGUCCCAUUUAUUUAAGGGAUAUCUGGCCCACCCGCAAUCAAAUUCAUACUGUCGAACAGCAAUAUGUUAUUCCAGCAAUGUUUAAAGAGGUCUAUGCCAAAAUUGAGACAGGCUCAACAAAUUGGCAAAGUCUUAAUGCGCCCGCCGGCAAGCUUUACCCUUGGUCAACCACAUCUACGUAUAUUAAAAAACCUCCAUUCUUUGAUGAAAUGACCAUCGAUUUACCUAAACAUAAACCUCUUGAAAAUGCUAGAGUUCUACUUCUUUUGGGCGAUUCCGUGACUACAGAUCACAUAAGUCCUGCCGGAUCUAUAGGUAGAACCAGUCCGGCUGCCAGAUAUUUGGCACAGAACGGACUAACUCCUAGAGAGUUCAAUUCGUAUGGUUCUAGGAGAGGGAAUGAUGCCAUUAUGGCAAGGGGUACCUUUGCUAAUAUUCGCUUGGUUAAUAAGUUUAUGAGCAAGGCUGGCCCCAGGACAAUGUAUCUCCCCACUAAUGAAGAGAUGGAUAUAUUUGACUGCGCCCAAAGAUAUGCGAAAUCUGGAACACCUCUUAUAGUUAUCGCUGGCAAGGAUUACGGAUCUGGAUCAAGCCGUGACUGGGCUGCUAAGGGCCCUUACUUACUGGGGGUACAGGCUGUAAUUGCCGAAUCUUUUGAAAGGAUUCACCGAUCGAAUUUAGUGGGAAUGGGAAUAGUACCUCUUCAGUUCUUACCAGGACAAAGUGCCGACUCUCUUGGAUUGACUGGAAAAGAAAAUUACACAAUCCAAUUACCAGAACAAAUAAAACCUGGCCAGAACAUAACAGUUAAUACAGAUUCGGGCAAAGAUUUCGAAGUUAUUUUAAGAUUUGACACUGAGGUUGACCUUCUGUUCUAUAGACAUGGAGGUAUUCUAAACUACAUGAUUCGACAGAUGCUGAAUUAG